ACUCUUCUUCUCCUCCUCCUCAGUCCUCACAUCACUCACUCGCUCUCUGUCUCCAAAAGUUAACUAGAAUUCAAAAAAUGCCCGCCAUUUUUGUUUCUCAGUCGAUUCUUAUCUCAUCUCCAUCAACAAUAACUACCACUUCUUCUUCAAAUAAUCUCCAAUUUUCCAGUUCUUGCAAUUUCUCAAAAUACCAAAUUUAUCCUCCUCAAACAAUCCAUCACAGAAGAAUCCAAUCAAAAUCAUCAUCUGGUAGAAUUGAACUAACUUCAUCAGAAGAAGAAUGGAUUAAGAAACUACCAGAUAAGAAGAAACCAUUGUAUUCCCAUAGCUUACCUUGUAUUGAAGCUUGGCUGAAGAAAUUAGGGUUUUAUCAAAGUAGAGAAGAUAGAGCUCUUUGGUUUAUUGAGAAGAAUGGUGAUUGGCAUGCUCAGUUAUCUCUUGAUGUUACUGAUCUUUACAUAAGGUAUUUAAAGAGUGGGCCUGGUAAUUUGGAGAAAGAUGUGGAGAGAAGAUUCAGUUAUGCUCUUAGUAGAGAUGAUAUUGAGAAUGCAAUACUUGGAGGACCUUGAAACCGAACGAAUUGGAGCUUUGCGUCUUUGGCUACCAUAGUACCAUGGAUGGAUGUUUGAGGUAGUUUCGAUCUAUGUUUCUAUUGUUACUUUUGAGUAGUUUUUUUAAUUGUGGAAUGUAUAGUGUUCGAGUUUUGUUUCUGAGCAUGAAACUUUGUAUGAUUGAACAACACACGAGUCAUUCGAUAUAUUUCAAAAUGUGGUUCUAUCUGUUUCGUUC